AUGAAACUCACACACCUCAUCUCUAUCGCCGGUCUCUUUGUCCUUGGCGCGACUGAAGCUUUGCGCAAUGACACCAAUGUCAAGAGAGAGACUCCUGAGUGCCGCUGGCAUCGCCGCAGCCUGAACGCCAGAGGUGACGAGGACGACGAGGACGACUUUUGUUUCGGUCUACAACCUGCCGACGAUGCGCUCUGGCAUGCAGCAAAAUGCAAGGGUGUAAAAAUGUUGUUCGGGACCACCCAAAACGCACCGGAAGCUGCACGAUUCGUGAUUCCCAUCAAUUCUCCCUGGGACGGCGAAAUGAGGAACGAACUUGCUACGUGGGGUUGGAACGAUUGGGUUGCGGAUCCCGAUACAGAGUGCAACGCCGAUUUCCUCAAGACUGUCCUCCAAAACCUCGGAACCACUACAGGCAGCCACCUCUACGGCGGACCAAACUAUUGCUUCUCAGUAAAACAUUGCGACAGUGAUGCUAUUGAGAGGGAUGAACACGGAAACCUGCCCCCUAAAAACGACCAGUACUAUGACGUCAAUGGUCGAUUAUACAGGGCCACAGCCGGUUUUGCUACCGCUUUCGUCAAUCCAGAUAUAGGCGCGCUAUUCUUUCUUCGACGUGGCUCUCCCGCAUUCGAAGCCCGCAACUUAUGGGGUCUAGAGGAUCAGCAUACAGUCCCACUAGAUGAGUUGCCGGCUCUGCGUAUGAGUUCUGAUCUAGCAUGGGCAUUUUGGAGGCGAGCGAGUGGCGACAAGCUCUGGAACAUCAAGUUGAUAGGAUCUUUGACAGUCGUCAAUUCCGAAACGGAAAAGAUUAUCGACAGGGCGAUGAAGAGAACCGCGUUGGACGAGAUUCCAGUCUGGCCGGGGGUCGACUACCUGUACAACACUGACAGCUAUCUGGCUAUCUUGGGAUCCCCCAACGGCAGGGCAGUCGGAUAUUUCCUCGCUCAACACAAGAGCCAACUAGGUGGCAACCGCUGGGUCCGCGUGAUUCGCGUUUUUCGCGCAAACGCAGGAUCAUCGGCACCCCAUAUUUUCUUCUAUAUCGAACCCGCGCCCUACCCACCACCGCAGGUACCGGAUGAUCCACUCGAUGUUCUUAUACCGCCACCAGCGCAAGCGGUAGAAGUGGCCAAGAGAAGUUCCGGUGAAAAGAACAUUGUGAAACAGCAUGUGCUCCGGGCGAAGUUGUAAGAGUGCGAUCUUCCGUAUACGACUUGGGCCAGAUUACACCGACUCACAGAUAUAUAUGCUUGGGUUGUGCCAUAAGCUUAUCCAAAUGCUUCUCCAAGUUGAUUGAUGACUGCGUCUUUCACUCUUAGAAUUGCCACGCUAACGCUUCUGACUCUUGCUGCU